AUGUCUGUCCCAGCAUUCACCGAUAUCGCCAAGUCGUCCAACGACUUGCUCAACAAGGAUUUCUAUCACCUCAAUGCUGCCGCACUCGAGGUUAAGUCGAAUACUCCAAACAAUGUCGCCUUCAAAGUGACUGGAAAGAGCACCCACGACAAUGCCACAAGUGGUCUGUUCUUGUGUGCAGUUGGAGGCCAAGUUCACAGACAAGCCAACUGUUCAUGUGGUUUCCUUGUCAUUAGACAACCCGAUUGUGCACAGUUACUAAUCCAGUAUACCCACGGUACAGGCUUGACUCUUACCCAAACAUGGAACACCCUCAACGCUCUCGACACCAAGAUUGAGAUCAACGACACCAUUGCCAAGGGCCUCAAGGCCGAGAUUCUCGGUUCCUUUGCUCCUACCACCCAAAAGAAGGGUGCCAAGGUCAACCUCCACUUCAAGCAACCAAACUUCCACGGACGCGCAUUCUUCGAUCUCCUCAAGGGCCCAACUGCCACCGUUGACGCUGUUAUCGGACAAGAUGGUUUCUUGGCUGGUGCCACCGCUGGUUAUGAUGUUCAAAAGGCAGCUAUCACCAGCUACUCCGCCGCUGUUGGAUACACUGCCCCCGCUUACAGCGCUGCCAUCAUUGCUGCUGACAACUUGAGCGUCUUCUCCGCCUCAUACUACCACAAGGUCAACUCUCAAGUCGAGGCUGGUGCUAAGGCUACCUGGGACUCCAAGAACACCAACUCUGUUGGUCUCGAGUUUGCCAGCAAGUACAGACUUGACCCACUCUCCUUCGCCAAGGUCAAGAUCAACGACCGUGGUGUUGCCGCUGUUGGAUACAACGUUGUUCUCCGACCUGGUGCUACCCUUGGUCUUGGUGCCUCCUUUGAUACCCAAAAGCUCGACCAAGCUACCCACAAGAUUGGCACAAGCUUUACAUUCGAGUCAUAG